AACGGCCAUUCUGUUGUUAUUUUUCCACAUUUUACUUUUUGUAAUUUGUAAUUUCUUGAUAAUAAAUAAAAUAAAUAAACUCAAUAUUCGUAUAAUGUCCAUCGAAGACAAAUACCAAAGUCUGAUUUCCUAUUUCAAAGAGCCAGCCAGAAGGAAAACCUUCCAAGCCUGGCCAUUCAAAAACAACGAAAAAUGUAACGCUAAUAAGAUGGCAGAAGCUGGGUUUAUUUUCUCGGGUUCGUCUCGCGAUCCCGAUUCCGCACAAUGCUUCUUCUGCCACAAGCAUUUAGACGGGUGGGAAUCGACCGACGAUCCUUGGGAUGAACACUUGAACCACUCUAAGGAGUGCAGCUUCGCUAAGAUGAAAAAUGCACAGUCCCAUUGGACUGCUGCUGAAUGGUUUGAAUUGUACUCUCAAUACAGAAGAAAUUUAAUCGAGCGAAAAUAUGAUGAACAAAGGAAGAAAGUUAAAGAAUUAUUUGAUAAAAUAAGAUCAGAAUAAAACAUUGCAUAUAAUAUAUAUAUGGUAAUCAGGCUAUAAUUGUCCCUAAUUAACAUACUUAUAUAAUUAUUGUACUAUUAUUUUUUUAUUUAAAAUUAAAUCAUAAUUGAGUUGUA